UGGGCGGGUCUACAAACUGACGCCGGGGAUGCUUGAGAAUGUGAUCCAUUUAUCAGGAAACUUGACUUUAUUUACAAACAUAACGGCAUCAUAUAUAUAUAUAUUUUUUGCUUAAGUACAAAUAUCGCUUUACCGGCGCUUGCGCGGAAUUCACGCACAGAUUGUACGAGGGUGACAAAAGGAAACUGGAAAUGUUUGUCUUUUGUCUGCUAACACCAAAUUAACAGACGGCGGUGCACAGCUAUACAACCGGUUAAUGUAAUUUUACCGUACAACUUCCGUUUUGUGCCUCAUUUGCUUCUAGGGCAAUUCAUUUGAGCGAACUCACUGACAGCUUCAACUUGUUAUUUCUCACGACGAGAUUUAAACACACGCUUAUGGGCCUUUUCUGAGACAUGGGCCCGAACUGUGGAUUCUGAAGGAGCCGUUCAGACCGAACGCGGUGUUUUGCUAAAAAAAAAAAAAAAAAGAAGAAGAAGAAGAAGAAGAAAGAAAAGAAAUAUAGAUACAGCGCAACAAAACACAGGUGUUUCGAGACGGCGUGUAAAAACAGCAAAACGUCCGUCUAGCGCAUGUUUACAUAAGAUAACAAUAGAAAACAUCGCGUGCGGACGUAAAAACGCAUUCGGUGUGAACGGCCCCUUAAAACGCCUUUGGUGGUCGAACGACUACUUUAUUAGGGCGCAAAUGAGACAAUAAUGAUUUGCUUGUGAAUGAGUUAGACAAGUUUGUAUCCAGUUAAAUGUUGGCCAGUUAAACAAUUUCUUUGUAACAGUUAUAAUAAGAAACAACAAUAUAAGGAAACAACAGGCCUAGAACUGUGUUUUUGUAAUAUUCGAAGCAAAAUAAUAAUAAUAAUAAUAAUAAUAAUAAUAAUAAUAAUAAUAAUAAUAAUAAUAAUAAAAAACGCGAGAACUGUUGCUGUGUAAAAUAACGGAAUCCUCACAAGGACAGUGCAGCUGUCUUUAAGAAACAGCUGGUAGAUGAUUUUGUCCCUCGUCGUUUACCUUAGCAAGAUCUGCCAUUAUUUCUCCAUGUUUAGUUUAAACAGACUCUCAGUUCCAGAAUAUGUCAGUCGACUGCACCCCCGGAGGACGGUCUCUGACCCCAAGGCCAUCUCUCCGGGCAUCAGCACCAACGUCCAGAUCGUGUUGGACGGCUCUCUCCCUUUGCUGCGCUCCGCAAUCAAAACACUAAAGUCUUCCAAAGAUACUGGAGAUCUGGAGGAGACCCGCCGGGCCAUUGCCGAAACUUUCCAGCUGGUUAAAGAGGCCUGGGUGCUGCCCACAGUGGGUCGACAGGUUGCAGAGGAGAUCUGUAACAGAAUCAGGUUGGAUGGAGGUCUGGAUUUGCUCUUGCAGUUGCUGCAGACACCUGCUGUAGAAAUCACCUAUGAAUCUGCCAAGCUUCUUGAGCAGAUACUGGUCUCAGAAAACAGGGAUUAUGUGGCACGCAUGGGGCUCGGUGUCAUACUGAACCUCACCCGUGAGCAGGAGGAUGCUCAGCUGGCACGAAGCGUGUCGGGCAUCCUCGAGCACAUGUUUAAACACACAGAGGAGACAUCUGCCCAGCUCAUCACUCACAGAGCCCUGGACACCCUGCUGUACUGGUGCCGUGGAACAGACCCAACUGUACUGCGCCACUGCGCUGUGGCCCUGGCUAACUGCGCCAUGUAUGGUGGGCAUCGGUGCCAGAGGAUGAUGAUCGAAAAACAGGCGGCCGAUUGGCUGUUCCCUCUAGCUUUCUCUAAAGAGGAUGAGCUGAUCCGUUUCUAUGCCUGUCUAGCUGUGGCCGUGCUGGCAGCUAACAGGGAGAUUGAGAAAGAGGUGGUGAAGUCUGGCACGCUAGAACUGGUGGAGCCCUUCAUUGCCUCGUUAGACCCUGAUGAGUUUGCAUGCAACCUCUUGGACAGCGCAGACAGCAUGCAGGGCCGCACAGCUGCAGACCUGCAACACUUGCUGCCUCUGCUGGAUGGCACACGGCUGGAGGGGAAAUGCAUAGCAGCAUUCUACCUUUGCGUGGAGACUAGUAUUAAGUCCCGUCAACGUAAUACCAAGAUAUUUCAGGAGAUUGGAGCUGUUCAGAGUCUAAAGAGAAUUGUCAUGUACUCCAGUAAUGCCACAGUCUGCACUUUGGCUAAGCGGGCCCUUACGAUGAUGGGCGAGGAUGUCCCGCGUCGUAUCCUGUCAUCUGUACCCAACUGGAAGAGAGGAGAGGUGCAGACCUGGCUGCAGCAGAUUGGCUUCAGUGCAUUCAGUGAUCGGUUUCAGGAGCUGCUGGUGGAUGGAGAUCUACUGCUUAAUAUCACAGAACAGGAUCUGAUCCAUGAUCUGGGAAUGAAUUCUGGGCUCACUCGCAAGAGGUUUCUAAGAGACCUGCGUGUACUGAAGACCUAUGCCAACUACUCAACAUGUGACCCUAGUAACCUGGCAGACUUGCUGGCCGACAUAGACCCACGAUUACGUCAGUACAUCUAUGGUCUGGUUCAGUCGGGGGUUGAUCGAAACAAUAUUGUCCACAUUACAGAACAACAGCUGCAGUCUGACUGCCACAUAGAAAAUGGCAUCCAUCGUGCCAAGAUUCUCUCUGCCACCCGCCGUCCUGCUAAACCCUGCUUAACUGACUCCCAGCCUGCGGGUCCUGAUGUAUUCAUCAGCUACCGUCGCACCACUGGGUCACAGCUUGCCAGCCUGCUAAAGGUACAUCUACAAUUACGUGGUUUCAGUGUCUUCAUCGAUGUGGAGAAGCUGGAGGCUGGCAGGUUUGGGGAGAAGCUGAUCACGAGUUUGCAACGAGCACGCAACUUUAUCUUAGUGCUGUCAGCCAAUGCACUGGACAAAUGCAUGGGGGAUGUUGCCAUGAAGGACUGGGUACAUAAGGAGAUUGUCACUGCUCUAAAUGGAAAGAAGAACAUCGUCCCUGUAACUGAUAACUUCAUGUGGCCUGAUCCAGCCUCUCUGCCGGAGGAUAUGAGCGGCAUUCUCAAAUUUAAUGGCAUUAAGUGGUCCCAUGAGUAUCAGGAAGCCACUAUUGAAAAGAUUCUGCGUUUCCUCCAGGGAUGCCCCAGCAAAGAGCAGACAGACACAGCCAAAACAGACAAAAAAGAUUCACAAACAAAAUAAGAUAUUUGUCCUAUUUAAUAACUUACAUAAUGCCUGAUAUGUAUGGACCUUUCCAAGAACGUGCUCCCGUGAUUGUAUGGGCCAUAUCUAUAACUCAGGAAGUUGAAUAGAUUUCUGCAUUAUCAAUCGCAUUAAUGACAUCAUCAUAAGCAUUAGCAUGGUUACUCUCUAACUUUUACAUACUAGACAACAUCUUUACUUUAAGUAAAUUACUACAUCAUGAACUGGGUUUGCAUCAUCCACGAGGCAUAGAACUAAUCUUUCACAUGUGCAGAGAUUCCAUACUGUAUAUCACACCAGUUCAUAAAACUUAAAUUAAAAUUAUUAAUCAUAAUGGUCACUAAUCACCUCAAAACAGUAUUAGAAGUAUUAGGAUUAUCCUAUUAUAUAGUAACAUGAAUUCAAAUAUGGCUUUAGUGGCUUUCUUAGGAUUUGCCAAAAUAAUACUGUAUGAAUUAAUUCACUGGUAUAUUUUCCACUGUGAAUAAGGUAUACCCGAUCACACAAGGAAAGAUCCUUAUGAACAUUUACUAACACCUUAUCCUGCUUUUGGGCUCCCUACAGUUGCCUUAUAAUAUCUGUUAUAAUAUCUGCCUUAUAAGGUCUCUUUUAUGUGAAAUAACACUCUGUUUAGGAAUUGGUCCUGAAUUUUGAAAUUUGAAUUGGUCAAGUGCUUAUGUACAAAAUCUGUACAAUGACAAUGUUCUUAUUCAAAAAUAAACAGC